CCCGCGCACAUAGUUUACGUUACCAUUGUUUACUACUUUCGGAGACGUGCGGUGCGUAAUGAUAUGAAAGCGAUAUCAAUAAGUAGAUAAAUUAUCAGUACUUGUCACUGGUCACUGUUCGGCAGCAUAUAUCGAGAGAUUAUUAAUAAGGAUCGUUUUAUAAAAUCUUGGUGAUAUAUACACGGACAAUAUGUUCAGUCUGGGUGAAAUUAGCGAACAACUGAAAGAUGUCAGCCGAAAGUCGGUUGGCGUCUCCUUUGCCGGUCAAUCGCUCGUAUUAGAUACUGCAAAUGAUGCUCUUCAAGUGGUGGAAGCAAUAAGGGCAUGUCCAUGCUUGAACUACUUGGAUUUAGAGGGAAAUACGUUGGGUACACCAGCUGCGGAGGCUAUAGCCGAGGCAUUAAAAGAGAAGGGAGCUCCAUUAAAGGUAGCUUUAUGGAAGGAUAUGUUCACUGGUCGUUUGAAAACAGAAAUUCCAAAAGCAUUGGAAUAUCUAGGAACAGCAUUGUGUACAGCAGGUAGCUGGCUUACCGAACUUGAUUUGAGUGACAAUGCUUUUGGUCCAAUUGGUAUUCAGGGGCUAGCAAAUCUGCUAACAUCAAGUCCAUGCUAUACUCUUCAGGAAUUACGAUUGAACAACAAUGGUCUUGGUAUAUCGGGUGGAAAAAUGUUAGCUAAGGCAUUGGAAAAGUGUCUCGAGAAUAGCUCCAAGGAAGGUAGACCACUUGCAUUGAAAGUUUUCAUUGUUGGUAGAAAUCGAUUAGAAAAUGAGGGUGCACAGGCAUUAGCAGCUGUCUUUCAAAAACUAGAGACAUUAGAGGAAGUUGUAAUGCAACAAAAUGGCAUAUACCACAUAGGUAUUGCGGCAAUUGCUCAGGGAUUAGCCGCCAAUUCUAAUUUGCGAGUAUUAAAUUUGAACGAUAAUACGAUUGGAUUGAAAGGGGCUAGAGCGCUCGCCAAGGUUUUACCAAUUUUCCGAGGUCUCGAGGAACUAAAUCUCGGAGAUUGUUUACUAAAAACUAAAGGGGCUUUAGUUUUAGCAGAGACAUUAGAGAUUAACGGCAAUCAUACAUCUCUUAAAUAUUUAGAUUUAAGUAAUAAUGAACUACGUGCAGAUGCUGGAAAUGCUAUUGCUAAAGCUACACAUGAUAAAACUCUUUUGACGAAUUUACAGUUAGAUGGAAAUUGUUUUGGAACGGAAGGACGCGAAAAUCUUCGACAAAUUCUUACGAAGUUGGGAAGAAUUGACGCAUUAAAUUCUUUAGAUGAAGAUUAUACUGAAGAUGAGGAAGAAGAGGAUGAAGAUGAGGAAGAUAAUGAUGAAGAGAAAACGAGUGAAGAAUGUGAGAGCGAUAAUAAUGAGGAUGAGACAAAUGACAAAGAUAAGAGUGUGCAAGAUAAUGUUGCACAAAGUACAGCGAUAACAGUAGCAGAAUUUUUGAAAUCGCCAACAGGUGAAAAACUAUUGCUACUGCAAGGUGAUAAUGUACAAGCUUUUGUUGAUCAUGCAACGAACUUGGCGAAUCAGUCUAAUGUGACUACAGAACAGAAAUUUAUAGAGGAAUUUUUGCGGAUAACCAUGAAAGUAUCAGCAUUAUGUGGUAGUGGUUACAUGAAUGUGAGAAUAAAAGCAGAAUUUUUAUCAGAUGCUUUGUAUGCAAAACUAUUUUCUCAUGCAAUAGAGAAUAAUCAAAUCUUGAAUUUGAAUAAUGGAUUACUAGUAAAUCUUGGCUUAAUAAAAGGUGAAGAUAAAAGCAGUGGUAAAAUUGAUUGGAAUUUAGAAGGAUGUUUUAAAGCUUUGGAAAAAAUUACUCAGAGGGACUAUUUUCUAGCACAAACAAGAAGCAUGUUAAAAGUAUUUCUAGAACGACCAGUGAAGACUGGUCGUGCAAAUGUAAUAGAUCCAUUUCAAGAUUCUAAAGCUGAUCUUAAAGCUAUUCUGGACAAUAUUCAAGUUACAUAAAUUUAUCUGGAAUUAUUUUAUUGAGUAUAAUAUAUAGUUAUUUAUUUUUAUACAUUAUAUGGAAAAUAGAAUAUUUUGUGUAAUCAAUUUGAAUUAGGAUGUCAUUAUGGAAAUCCUGCAAAAUCUAUAGGUAAAUAAUCUUGAUGAUUUUAAAACAUUUUGUAAUUUUAAUAUUAAAUUUUUAGUACAAAUAUGGCUUGUAACUUUUACCAUCUUUAUA